CGCGUCAACGCCCUCCGUCCGCAGCGGCCCGGCCGGGACUGGGCGCCAUGAGGGGCAGCCCGGCCCCCAGCUCGGCCUCCUCCUCGGCCUCCGACCUGGGCCGCAGCCCUCCGCGCGGCAGGGCGGCCCCGCGGCCCGGCACGGCCGGCGACUGCAGCCUGAGCGCCAGCCUGUCGGCCUGCACGCUGCUCUCCGAGGGCGCGGUGGAGCCCAUGCAGAUUGACGUGGACCCCCAGGAAGACCCCCAGAAUGCUCCUGAUGUCAACUAUGUGGUGGAGAACCCCACCCUGGAUCUGGAGCAGUACGCCGCCAGCUACAGCGGCCUGAUGCGCAUCGAGCGCCUGCAGUUCAUCGCUGACCACUGCCCUCCGCUGCGGGUGGAGGCUCUGAAAAUGGCCCUCUCCUUCGUGCAGAGGACCUUCAACGUGGACAUGUACGAGGAGAUCCACCGGAAGCUCUCCGAGGCCACCAGGGAGCUGCAGAACGCCCCAGAUGCCAUCCCUGAGAGUGGCGUGGAGCCGCCGCCUCUGGACACGGCCUGGGUGGAGGCCACGAGGAAGAAGGCCCUGCUGAAGCUGGAGAAGCUGGACACGGACCUGAAGAACUACAAGGGCAACUCCAUCAAGGAGAGCAUCAGGCGGGGCCACGAUGACCUGGGUGACCACUACUUGGACUGCGGGGACCUCAGCAACGCCCUCAAGUGCUACUCGCGGGCUCGGGACUACUGCACCAGCGCCAAGCAUGUCAUCAACAUGUGCCUGAACGUCAUCAAGGUCAGCGUCUACUUGCAAAAUUGGUCUCACGUGUUGAGUUACGUCAGCAAGGCCGAGUCCACUCCUGAAAUAGCUGAGCAGCGUGGAGAGCGGGACAGCCAGACCCAAGCCAUCCUCACCAAGCUGAAGUGCGCUGCCGGCUUGGCGGAGUUGGCUGCGCGCAAGUACAAGCAGGCUGCCAAGUGCUUUCUGCUGGCCUCCUUUGAUCACUGCGACUUCCCCGAGCUCCUGUCCCCCAGUAACGUGGCUGUCUAUGGUGGUCUGUGCGCCUUGGCCACCUUUGACAGGCAGGAGCUGCAGCGCAAUGUCAUCUCCAGCAGCUCCUUCAAGUUGUUCCUGGAGCUGGAGCCACAGGUCCGAGACAUCAUCUUCAAGUUCUACGAGUCUAAGUACGCCUCCUGCCUGAAGAUGCUGGAUGAGAUGAAGGACAACCUGCUCUUGGACAUGUACCUGGCCCCCCACGUCAGGACUCUGUACACCCAGAUUCGCAACCGGGCCCUCAUCCAGUAUUUCAGCCCCUACGUGUCAGCUGACAUGCACAAGAUGGCUGCAGCUUUCAACACGACCGUGGCAGCCCUGGAGGACGAGCUGACGCAGCUCAUUCUGGAGGGGCUCAUCAACGCCCGCAUCGACUCGCACAGCAAGAUCCUGUAUGCCCGGGACGUGGACCAGCGCAGCACCACCUUUGAGAAGUCCCUGCUGAUGGGCAAGGAGUUCCAGAGGCGGGCCAAGGCCAUGAUCCUGAGGGCGGCCGUGCUGCGUAACCAGCUCCACGUCAAGUCUCCCCCCAGAGAAGGGAGCCAAGGAGAGCUGACUCCAGCCAACAGCCAGUCGCGGAUGAGCACCAACAUGUGAGGGGGGGCCUCCCGCGGGCCAGCGAGUGCCAGCCUGCCCUCGGUCCCCCGCGGGGCGCAUGCCGUGACGGGGCCCACGGGGGAGGCAGGUGGUCUCGAGCCCAGGAAAUGGGCUGCACGCGAGCCCAGGCGGGGCCGGAGGCCGCAGUGUCUGUAUGUGUUCAUUAAAGAGCAGAUGGAUCACG